AUGGCACCUCAGCUGGAACCGUUUUUCAAGGAGGUUGACAACCUCCAAGACCACUUCAUUGAUCGCCUGAGAAAAGCUGUUGCUAUCCCGUCAAUUUCUGCCCAGGAUGACAACAGACGGGAUGUUGUCAGAAUGGGAGAAUUCCUUGUCGAUGAACUCAAGCGUCUGGGAGCUGAAGUUGAGAUCCGACAACUAGGGAAGGAACCUGGACGGCCUCAUCUGGAACUGCCCCCUGUCAUCCUCACCCGCUACGGCAACGACAAGAACAAGAGGACCAUUCUCGUCUAUGGUCAUUACGAUGUGCAGCCCGCCCUUCGUGAGGAUGGCUGGAACACGGAGCCCUUCACCCUUACAGUCGAUGAGAAAGGCAGAAUGUUCGGUCGUGGCAGCACGGAUGACAAGGGCCCCAUCAUGGGUUGGCUAAACGUCAUCGAAGCGCACCAGAAGGCUGGAGUCGAUUUCCCCGUCAACCUGCUCGGCUGCUUUGAGGGUAUGGAAGAGUACGGCUCGCUGGGGCUCGAGGAGUUCGUAAAAGCCGAAAGUAAGGCGUUUUUCAAGGAUGCUGAUGCUGUAUGCAUCUCUGAUAACUACUGGCUGGGUACUGAGAAACCAUGUCUCACCUACGGUUUGCGCGGUUGCAAUUACUACUCGCUCACCGUCUCCGGCCCGGGACAGGACUUGCACAGCGGCGUCUUUGGCGGCACGGUCCAUGAACCUAUGACGGAUCUGGUCAUUCUCCUCUCCAAGCUGGUUGAUGCUAAAGGCAACAUCCAGAUUCCAGGCAUAAACGAGCUCGUUGCUCCACUGACAGAGGAUGAGAAGAGCUUGUACACUAACAUCGGUUUCACCAUGGAUAACCUGUACGAGUCUCUUGGCAACACCACCUCCAUUUUCCCAGACAAAGAAUCCACCCUCAUGAGACGAUGGCGCUAUCCAUCUCUCUCCGUCCACGGCGUGGAAGGCGCUUAUUCCGCGCCGGGUGCCAAGACAGUUAUUCCCGCAAAAGUCAUUGGAAAGUUCUCCAUCCGUACCGUGCCCAAUAUGGAGAGCGAUGAUGUGGACCGAUUGGUGUUUGAUUAUGUGAAGGCCGAGUUCGCCAAAUUGAACAGCAAGAAUACUAUGGAUUGCUCGCUGCAGCAUGGUGGGAAGUGGUGGGUGGCUAGCCCUAAACACUGGAAUUUCCAGGCUGCGAGUAAGGCUGUUAAGCAGGUAUUUGGUAUGGAGCCGGAUAUGACGAGGGAGGGCGGGAGCAUCCCCAUCACCCUCACUUUCGAAGAAGCCACUGGCAAGAACGUCCUUUUGUUGCCCAUGGGCAGCUCGACGGAUAUGGCACAUUUCCACCAACGAGAAGCUCGACAAGCGCAACUACAUUGA